CUCUCUCUCUCAUAAUUUUCUCUCUCUAGAAAAAAACACAUUACUACUACCGCCUUCAAAGUUCUACAAAAACCCAUUCCCUCUUUCACCGCCUCAAAUAGUUCUAAACUUCACUCUCUCUCUACACAUUUUUCUCUCUUUUUAUUCUCUCCCAAUAAACAACACACACAUACACAUAAACCCACUUUCUCACAUUCAUCACAAAAAUACACUAAAUUUUUAGUGUCUCCAAUCAAAUUCUUCAAGAUGGCGUUUGAAAAUCAAGAUACUGUCCGUGAAAUUAAGCCCAAAAACAGGAGAAUCAUGGGUGCUGGAGGUCCUGAUGAUGAGGAAAACAGGUGGCCACCAUGGUUGAAACCUCUGCUGAAAGAGCGUUUCUUUGUUCAAUGCAAGUUGCAUGCUGAUUCACACAAGAGUGAGUGCAAUAUGUAUUGUUUGGAUUGUAUGAAUGGUGCUCUUUGCUCACUCUGUCUCAAUUACCACAAAGAUCAUCGUGCUAUUCAGAUAAGGAGGUCUUCAUACCAUGAUGUGAUUAGGGUGAAUGAGAUUCAGAAAGUGUUGGACAUAACAGGUGUUCAAACCUAUAUUAUCAACAGUGCAAGGGUUGUGUUCUUGAAUGAGAGGCCUCAGCCAAGGCCCGGAAAAGGUGUCACCAACACUUGUGAAGUCUGCGAGCGUAGCCUUCUCGAUUCCUUUCGAUUCUGUUCUCUUGGCUGCAAGAUUGUUGGAACUUCAAUGAAUUUCCAGAAGAAGAACAAGUCAGCUCGUGCUUCAAUGAUAUCAGACUCAGAGGAUUCACACAGCAGCAGUUGCAGCCAUGGAAGACUGAAGAACAUUAAGGUGCAAAGCUUCACUCCUUCAACACCACCACCAACAGUCAAUUACAGAUCAGCCAAAAGAAGAAAGGGAAUUCCGCAUCGUGCCCCAAUGGGAGGACUAGUGCUGCAAUACUAAAAAACAGAUCAUAGGUUAUUGCUAUAAUGCCCUUAAUGAGUCGAGCUCCCCUAUAGUUAGAGAUUCAUUGCAUUCACGCAGUUGGAACAUCAAUGAUCGUCCAAAUUGAACAGCCACUAAUGUCCUGACUACGUGAAUGUGGGAUCCCUUGACUUAAGGGAAUCCAAGUUCGCCUUUAAUAUAGAUACGAAAAAAAUCUAAGGUAUCUGUCUCUAUGCUGCUUCAUCAGUUCCACUGCUAGAGCUUUUUGGUGAAAAGGGCCAGUGAUGGAAGUGCUGUCGUUAAUAGUGUUUGUUUGUGUAUAUAGGAAAAAUCCAAUAGGAGUGGAAAGGUUAGGAAAAAUAAACAUCUGUGAGAUACUAUAGUUUGGUAAAAAGGAAUGGUGUAGGAAAAUAAGCAAAAAGUUCCUUUGGACUAAGUUAAAGAUGGUAAUGACAAUAGUAUAGGUUGGUUUUCUAGAGUAAAUUAUAUGUAAGUUUUGGGGAUGUAAAUAGUGGAUAUAGUAAAGUGACAAUGACAGUGUUACUCUUUACAAAUAUAGAUGGACUAUCUAUGUAUGAAA